CUAUUUUUUGUCUUUUUACGCAUGUAUUCGUGAGCACGAAGACUGAAACGGACGUUCGUGCUCUCAUACGAUUCUUGUUACCCCGAUGUAUCGACCAACAAACUCUAUAACUUAUUUGCUGAUUUCAAAUAGAUCCGCCUACCUAGAUUCGGAACAGAGAAUUAUCGCCGCUCGCGUCAUAAAGAGGUUCAUCAUGCACGCCAAGAAGACUGCUUUUAUUGUCGAGCACGAUUUCAUCAUGGCUACGUACUUGGCUGACCGUGUCAUCGUCUUCGAUGGUCAACCUGGUGUUGACGCUCACGCCAACACGCCUCAGUCCCUGUUGACUGGCUGUAACACUUUCUUGAAGAACCUCGAUGUUACUUUCCGUCGUGAUCCUACCAACUACCGCCCCCGUAUCAACAAGCUUAACAGUCAGCUUGACCAGGAGCAGAAGUCGGCUGGCAACUACGUGAGUAAACAUGCUCUUUAUGAAUUGAUUUCCAUGCUAAUAAUCGAUAGUUCUUCCUGGAGGAGGAUAGUUCUUGAAAAGGUUGUGGGUCAGAAAAAAGACCGCAAGGAGAACAGCGGUCGUUAUGAGAGUUACGAUAGUCAUGAGCAUGCCUCUUCAUCAGGCACCGGCGUUCUAGGCGUUAAAAACAAGAUUAAGCGCCGCGCCACUGGUGCACACUCAGGAUUAGAUGAAGAGGAUGGCGAUGAGGCCAAUGAGCCCAAUGACUGACAAUACGGCGGCAGUCCAUCCCCUGUUUUCACAUGGUCUUGCAGAGUUGCUCUAAUCCAGUAUACAACAGAGUGGGUAUAUGGAGCA